CACAGACACAGCCGCACCGAACACAGAGGUCCACAUGCUAGCAAGCAAGAAACAUAGCAAACCAACAACCUCCGAGAGCCCCUAAUUCGUGAUUCUUCCAUCGCAUUAUACUCAGCUUGCACUGCUUUGCCGGCCAGCCGAUUCGAAGCUCCUCCGCAGAGCAGCAGCCGACACAAGAUGGUCGCGAAAGAAGCCACCAGCGUCCCACUGAUGACGCCGCACAAGAUGGGGCAGCUGGACCUCUCGCAUCGGGUGGUGCUGGCGCCUCUGACGCGGUGCCGCUCCUACGGGAAUGUGCCGCAGCCGGCGCACGCGGCGUUGUACUACUCGCAGCGGGCGACCAAGGGCGGCCUCCUCAUCUCCGAGGCCACGGGCGUCUCCGCCACGGCGCAGGGGUACCCGGACACCCCCGGCAUCUGGACGAAGCAGCAGGUCGAAGCCUGGAAACCCAUCGUCGACGCCGUCCACCGCAAAGGCGCGCUCUUCAUCUGUCAGCUUUGGCACGUCGGAAGGGUCUCCACAAAUGAUUUCCAGCCGGACGGGCAGGCGCCGAUCUCCAGCACCGACAAGCAGAUAACGCCCGACGCAGAGUCCGGCGGCACGGUGUACUCCAAGCCCCGGCGGCUCGGGACGCAUGAAUUACCUCUUAUCGUCGACGAUUUCAGGCGCGCCGCCCGGAACGCCAUGGAGGCGGGGUUCGACGGCGUGGAGAUCCACGGCGCGCACGGUUACCUGUUGGAGCAGUUCAUGAAGGACAGCUCGAAUGACCGCACCGACGCGUAUGGUGGCAGCCUCGAGAACCGGUGCCGCUUCGUGGUGGAGGUGAUUGAUGCCGUUGUCAAAGAGAUCGGUGCGCAACGUGUGGGCAUUCGGCUGUCGCCGUUCGUGGACUACAUGGAUUGCGUUGACUCUGACCCAGAGGCGCUCGGCGCCUACAUGGUGGAACAACUCAACAGGCAUGAGGGAUUCCUUUACUGCCACAUGGUCGAGCCUCGGAUGGCCAUUCUUGAUGGCCGCAGGCAGAUUCCCCAUGGACUCUUGCCUUUCAGGAAAGCGUUCAAUGGGACCUUCAUUGCCGCUGGUGGAUACGACCGAGAGGAAGGCAACAAGGUGGUGGCCAACGGCUACACUGACCUCGUCGCCUAUGGAAGGAUCUUCUUGGCCAAUCCGGAUCUUCCGAAGAGGUUCGAGCUUGGCGCGGGUUUGAACAAGUACGACAGAUCCACUUUUUACACACAAGAUCCAGUCGCUGGAUACACGGACUACCCUUUCUUUGAUGACGAUCAUGUCGCCUCAGCAGCUCCUCCCGCUUAAUCAUGUAGUGGUUGACUACAUUGGAUUUAGACAAUAAUGUGCAAGACUUAUGCAGCAUGUAUAUGCCGCGCAUGCUGCAUUUGUAUUCAGUAUGUACCUGAGAGAUUUUGUGUAUGUGAGCACAGAGCUACUAGUAGUGGGCUAGUUGCCAGGGAUAGUACUGGUUUCAUUGCAUCACCAUCACGGUGUCGGAUAUAUCUAGGGAUUUCUGAUCCAUUGAUUAUUGAAUCGGUUGCUUUGCGA